ACAGCGGCAGGUGAAUGCUUUGUCUGUAGACAGCUGUGUAGAGCUCGCUGGAGCUGUAGAGGAGAGGUCAGUUCAUCAGUUUACCUUCAUACAAAGUAACUUAGCUAGCUCUCUGUACACAUUUCUGGACACCAACCACUAGCUAGGUUAGUCAACACAAAGAAAGAAAGAAAACCACUCAGUUUGAUGAAAAGCCGACUGAUAGGAGAUGUGUGCUGCUGUGUAUGUCCUGUCAACGGUAACGGGCUAUGUGCUCACUUCUGCCCUGCUGCUGAAAUGCCCAAAUCUUUUGUACCGGAAGAAGCGAGAGUCUUUUGUCAGCAGGCACAUUUCCCAUCGUGGAGGAGCAGGUGAAAACCUGGAAAACACCAUGGCAGCUUUCAAACACGCUGUGAAUCUUGGCACAGACAUGCUGGAGUUGGACUGCCACCUGACGAAAGAUGAACAGAUAGUGGUGUUACACGAUGACAGCUUGCAGAGGGUCUCUGGCAUCAACGCCCACAUCUCUGACAUAUCCUACGCUGAGCUCCCUCCAUACCUCUGCAAGCUGGGUGUAACUUUUCAGAGGGAGUAUUUCUGUGAGGGGGGUGAGGACAAACGCAUCCCUCUCCUCAGGGAUGUUUUUGAUGCAUUUCCCAAUACUCCUGUCAACAUUGACAUCAAGGUCAACAACGACAUGCUCAUCAAGAAGGUAUCUGAGCUGGUUGUUAAGUAUGACCGAGAGCAUCUGACGGUCUGGGGCAACUCCAGCAACCAGAUUGUAAAGAAAUGUUACAAAGAGAACCCGCGAAUUCCACUUUUGUUCAGCCUUCCCAGAGUAUUGCAGUUGUUAGGCCUCUUCUACACCGGCCUACUGCCCUUCGUUCCCCUCAAGGAGCAGUUUCUGGAGAUCCCCAUGCCCUCUAUUAUCACCAAACUAAAGGAUCCCAACAGACUAUCUAGGAGUCAGCGAUUCAUCACCUGGCUGGCAGACACUUUGCUGAUGAGGAAAGCUCUGUUUGAGCAUCUAACUGCCAGGGGAAUACAGGUGUACGUUUGGGUGCUGAACGACGAGGAGGACUUCCAAAGGGCAUUUGAUUUGGGAGCCACGGGAGUUAUGACAGAUUUUCCCACCAGGCUUAAAGUUUUCUUGGACAGGAAUGGCAUUUCAAAGCCCCAGUGACCUGCCAAAAUCUCCUUUGAUUUGUGUUCUGUGUUCCCCCAAUAGAUACCCAUGUACCCAAACAGUGUGAGCUUUCUAUCAGUAUCACACAGCUAUUUAACACCACACAAUCUUUUUAAGUAUGUCUAUUAAAUAAGACAAAAUGGCCAUCGAAAUAUAGUGUUUGCAGUUCUUAUCAGCCUUGAAUUUCAUAAUAGAUUAGACAGCUAUUUACUUGAAAAUAUAUUUUUUAAGUUACGCCUUUUUUGUCAUGCUUUCAACUCAAGUAAAUGACAGUUAUGGUUCAGGUGUUGUGUUAGUAAAAACACCCGCAGAUGCAGUUUGAUGUUAGGUUUUCUCUUGUUUUCUUUCUUUGUUUACAAUCUGACUCUCACUUAGCAUAUGCAAUAAUACAUUAAUCUAAGCCAUUGAGAUAUUUGUAUAUGUGCCACAUGCAGUCAGAUGUGCUACUUGUCAUAAAUUGCAGGGUGCAGACACAAGUCCUGUGCUACGUUGAGUUUCAUAUGAGCAGUGUGAGUACUGAGGUCAGUCGUGCCACUGCUCCAUAUUUACAAUUCAAAGGCACAUUCAACUGACUUGUGAACUGUUCCGUAAAGAAAACACAGUUUUUAUGUGUUGUUUUUUAAAGACAAUCUAUUGUAUGUUUAUGUGAAGUUGCUUGGUCUCUAGAUUUCCCUUUGAAUCAAAUGAAAUGCCUGAUUAAAUAAUCUGAGCGACAUUUUGCACAAAAACAAACUUAGUCUUGUUUGUUUUAGUAAUGACAGUUGUACCUUUUUCACCUGAUUAAAGUGAUUGUAAUGUAUUUUAAUGUAAAGGCUUUAAAGUGUAUUGGAAAUAUGGUAGACACACUGACACAUGUUUAUUGAUUGCUUCAUGGUAGUCACUUGAAAUUGAAAUAUAUUAAAGGCAUCUGUUCUUUAGUGA